AUGUCUGCUCACAAAGUAUUUGUAGCGACUCAGCUUGAUAAGAAAAACCAGAACUCCUUACACAUGGCCGCUAACUUAGCCCCACCUCAUCGACUAAAUGUUGUCACGGGUGCAGCUCUGCAAAUGCGACAUGAGCUUCAAUGGUUUAAGGAAGUCGAAAAAUUUAUAGAGCCCUCAUAUAAAGAAGCCUUGAAUACAGAAAACAAACCCCAAGAAUGGUUUUCACUAAUAAACAUAAAGACUUACUUAAAGAAAGGCAGGAAUGGAUGAAAGACACAGCGUCUUCAUGCACCGUAGUAGCAGCACUCACAGUAACAAUGACAUUUGCAGUUGCGUUCACUGUCCCUGGUGGAAACCAAGAUAAUGGGAAACCUUUGUUCUUAGAUGAUUGAGUCUUUAUGCUUUUUAUCGUAUCAGAUGCCAAUGCAUUAUUCUCUUCGACUACUUCAGUGUUGAUGUUCUUAGGGAUACUUACUUCACGUUAUGCAGAGGGUGACUUUCUCUAUGCCCUACCAAAGAGAAUGACGAUUGGACUCGUUUCUUUAUUCUUAUCGUUAGUAGCCGCUAUAUAAGCCCAAAGCAAAUAGUUUAGGACUACGACCUUUAAGUGUAUACAAUUUCAUUGAAGUUGUAUCUAGUGAAU